AUAAAAUUCCACGAAUAGCACGCCAAAUAUUCCCGUACAGAUCAUCAUCUUCUUCUUACAGAAACUAAUUUUUCUAUCAGAAACGAAUAAUCGCGAAUGAACGCAAUUGUAACGCUCGAAUAAAACGCUCGAUACAUUUCUCGUUGUACGUACCUCCAUCGUUGUUCCACUUUUCCCCAGGGGAAGCGCGUUUCCACAUCCGUGAAAAUAACUCGCGAAUUACUCAUCGUUCCCAUAAAACUCGCAGAAAGCUCAUCACGUCGCGACGCAGACGCAUUAAUUUUCUGGGGAUCGCGAUUUACACGUCUGGCACGUGGUUCCUCGUAUAAAACACAAAAAUGGCGGCGGUCACCGCGAACGAAACACGAGUCAAACCCUCUAAACUCGGUUAAAUCCUGCCCUGUUCCGACUUAUCUUACGAUUUUUUUCUUGGAAAUUCGAAAAACAUAUCCUCCUUCCGGAGAACGACAAUCGUUAUCCACGAAGACGAUGUCCACGUCGAGGCGUCAGCGGCCAAGCCGGCUCGGCGCCAAAAUCAGCUCACCAGUCGCGCUUUCCGGUCGGUGUUUUAUAAAUACUGCAGACAGUCGAAGUGUGCAGCGAACACGGGAGUCGUUGUAAAAUCACGAAAGAUCUCGGCAGACACGGUUUUACAGCUGCAUGGACGAGUCCAAUUCGACUUCAUCGUGGAGAAAUAAAUAUAUCCGUGCCGUCUUGAUCGUGAUUUUUUGUGAUAAAGUGUGAAGUUGACGGUGGGGAAGUGUGUGCACAUGAUUAAGCGGUGUUGGUGACAUUUUCGUGGAUUAAUUGUAGCCCGGGUUGGCUGAGCGAAUUCUUGGAACCAAGUGCCAAAGGUAUACGAAUUAACGCUAGUGCGCGCAUGGAAGUUGGGAAAGAAACAUUUUGUAAAGCGUACCAUUCGUUUGAAGAAAGUGACUAAGUUUCGAUUGUGUUUCGGGAAAGUGCGAUAAGAAUCGAAAAAGCGAUUGUUUAACCGACAAUUGUGAUUUUCCAAAGAAGGAUUGAUCAUUGUCCCGUGAAAUUUUCUUAGAUACAAAAUGAUUCAAAGUUGAAUCGACAAGGCGAGGGCGAGGUGGAGGAAAACAAAAAGCGAGGAUCCUUCAUCGCGAAAUGACAGAAUGCGAGGUUCAUGAUCUCUUGGUCGAUCAUUGCGGACAGUUAAACGAGAAUUUUGGCUUCAAUUCGGGGCUGUGGCGAACGAUCGGCGACCGUCCGUCAGAAUGAGCUUAAUGAAGAAGGCCAUCGGCGGCUCCAUUCACAGGAUACGAGAGUUCGAGCUCGAGAAGGUGAAUUUGAUCGACGAGUUCGAUAUCCUGCAAAUCGUGGGCGAGGGAUGGUUCGGCAAAAUCCUGCUGACCGAGCAUCGAAGCACCCAGACCGAGAUGGUGCUGAAAGCUCUGCCGAAGGCGUACACCGGCAUCUCGGACUUCUUUCGCGAGUUCCAUUACGGGCUACACCUGGCCGCGCACAGGAACAUCAUAACCACCUACGACGUGGCCUUCGAGACUGCUGGCUUCUACGUUUUCAGUCAGGAAUACGCACCGCUCGGAGACUUAACGUCCAACGUGACGGAGACGGGGUUGGGCGAGCUUCACGCGAAGAGGGUUGCAAGGCAAUUGGCGGCUGCCGUGCAUCAUAUUCACAGCCGAGAAUUGGUGCACCGUGACAUCAAGCUCGACAAUAUCCUCGUGUUCAGAAGUGACUUCUCGCGGAUCAAGUUGUGCGAUUUUGGUGAAACAAGGCGAGUGAACACUGUGGUGCGACGACACAACGAGUGGCUGCCGUAUUCGCCGCCCGAGGUAUUGCAGAUCGACACUGACGAAACGUACAAAGCUCUCACGUCGCACGACGUCUGGCAAUUCGGCAUUGUCCUAUUUGUCUGUCUGACCGGAUGUUUGCCAUGGCAGAAGGCGGCGUUGGACGAUCCGCGUUACACCAGAUAUCAAAACUGGCACAACGCGACGCUCAACAUAGCCAAGAAACCGAAAUUAUUUCAGCUGAUCAGCUCACGGGCGCAGAGAAUGUUCAAGCGAUUGCUGGACCCUAAAGCUGAGAAGCGACCCAUGAGCGUGUUGGAGGUAAAUAAAUACUUGGAGGACAGGUGGCUAGCGAAACUCGGUGCCGAGAAGGCGAUGAACGGUGGCGCCGACGAAAGGGACGAGCUGUGUCCCUCGAUGUACAGUUUCCACAGCUCUCUCGAGGAGAAGAACCAACUGCUUCACACCCUGACCACGUACGGGAUCGAGACAACGGUGGACAGAGCGAAGAAGAAGGAUCGGAUCAGGGAAUGGAUUCAAGCGAGCGCUAUAGUCGAGGAGUACGAGGAGGACGAGUCGGAUCUAAACGAGGAUAUUCGCGUCGUGUACGAGGACGAGGACGAAGAGCCUAGCUCGAUGAAGGGGAGACAUUUCCCCGAAACUCGUCCAAUUGUCAGGAACGAGACGAGGAGGCACAAGAAUCGUACACACGAUUCUUCGGCCAGGAAAAGACAGCCUGUCAAAAGACAGCCUACCGAACGAAAGAUCCCGUUCGCCCCUCAAGUAGCCGAGGAACGAGAAACCAUAGCCAGAUUCGCCAGUUUCCCAAACGGAGAUCCCAAUUUGGCACUUCUCAAGAAUGGAACGACGAACGAUACCACGUCUCCCCUAAAAACCGAUGUGGAAGAUCAGAAAUCAUUGGUGAACGGUCAAACGAUCACGAGUCUGAACGUUCAAGACGAAUCCAUUCUAACCAACAGCGGAGGGAACGGUUUCAAACCUAAUUCCCAAGAAACCGUCCCUCAACUGGAUAAUUUCCAGGAUCCUCGAGCCGCCAUCCCGGAUAACGCAAGCUCGUCGAAAAAUCCACAGUUGCCGAGUAGGAAGCAUCGAUCGCAAACCGCCCCGUUUCCGGAACUGGUGAACGGAAGCGGAGGAUCGGAGUCGUCGGCCAGGAGAAGCCAGUCGGCCGCGGUGCUGGCCAACUCCGCGCAGCAACCGGACAGGUCGAAGACGGGGCUCGGCCGACCUGUGGAGAGGUCAGCGAUGCCGGUAACUAACGGCCAAUCGUCGGUGGCUCGAGGCGAGAGCGCGGCCCCGAUAGUCGAGCAUCGAUCCGCGGCGCAAUCGAUGUCUCGAGUAGAAAACGCGUCGAUCCUGGCUCGAGUGGAGAAUCAAUCGAGCGCGAUUGGUGGCAGAAACGAGAGAUCCAUCGCGAUGAAUCCUCCGCUCGCGUUGUCGGCCGCCUCUCACCUCGUCGUGCAGAGCUUCAACGCGAUGCAAGGCAUCAACGGUCAGGUGGCGGGCGGGGACAACAAUCCUGGCGCGAAUUCCAACAGCCCUUCCUCCACGCCUAGCAACGUGCUCACGCCUAAGAACAGCCCGACCGCCACCCCUGCGAGGACGUGCACGCCGCCCAAGCACAAGGGGGGCCACAGGGUCGAGGAGGGCGUCGUUUACUAUGGCAAGGAUCCGUUCGAGCAUUAUGGGAUCGCGCAAGGGGCGAUUCUGAGGGACAGGAUCGGCCGACGGGGCUCGAUGGAGAGCGAGAACAGAUCUGUUAGUAAUUGAGGAUCGAUGUUUGAUUUCGGUUUCGCGUGACACUGCAGGUUGGGAGGAUGGGCAGUUGUUGUCGAACGCUGGCGCGGAUUGCGGAUGGGACGUGACACUGUACAUCGUGUCCUGGUUUGGCCACGGUAUACGCGCCGUGUUCCUGGCUACGUAGCCGGAGGAAUAGUUGGAGAAAUUUGGUCACGUUGGGGAAUAGGUGAUUGAUAUUACACGAUAUCGACGAGCUUCGAUACCGUGUAUUUCAGGGAUCGAACGUGAUCGCUUUACGGUUUAUUUUGAAUUCGGGGAGGGGGGCUAUUGGAGAUAUUCUCCGAAGAAAGAUAUAGAGUAGAUGUUGUUUUCGAUAUUUUUCUUUCGAAAUCGAAUACCACGGAAUGGAAUGGAAUAUUUGAAAAUGAUCGCUAGAGAUUGUAGCGUAGAGUUUAGUACUAAUUUAACGCAAAGUUAUCUGGCGGUAGAACCAGAAUUUACUUGGAUUCGCGUAAAAAUCGGAUGAAUUAUUUUCGAGAAGAAUAAAAUAUUCGUCGAAGGUGAAUCUCUAUGAAGGGAACUUGUUGUUAAGUAAAGAGUGUGACGAGAGAACAUUCAACGCCUCGUUUUUUGAAGAGAUAUUACAUUUAUCGAACACGAUACAUUCUAUUCGCAAUAAAUAUCACGAACAGUAUUAAAACGGUCCAAAGAGAAAAGAAAAGGAAUAAAAUAUUACUGUUACUAGGCGAUAUAAUACAAUAAAGAAGAAGGUACACGAAAAUCGUUUAAUUCGAUCGAUCGUAUCGCCUACCCGACUACGUGUCAAACGAUACGACAUAUAACAGUGCAUCGUCAAAUGUGUCCCGUUUGUUGGAAACGUGCCAUUACAGAGAUUCUUUUCUUCCUUCGUUGUCGAUUCUUACAUCGAACGGCCAAUGUAUCGUGCACGUAUUGUGUCGAAUAAUUAAUGAAUUAUCGUUCCGUUUAUCGUUUCCUUUUUCGUUGCAACAGGACACGCCAAACAUCAUCGAGCAUGGACACCACAAAGGUAAACGAUAAUGCGAUAAUGUGAUCGCUAUAUUUUGAAACCGAUGUGUCGUGUAUUUCAGGAACUAUUUACAUAUUUGUGAUCGUCCAUCAGCCAGAGGAAGAGUGGAGGCGGACAAAUUUUGGCACCUCACGUCCGGAAAACAAGACGUCUUGCUCUUGACUGUGGAAUACUUUUGAUUAUUUAGGGCUCUCGAUCGUGAACGAUACGAGUCAGCCCAUCGAGACAAAACUGGUGGGUGUGAACAUGGGAGAAAGUGUGGAACAGAUUGUCAAAAUUUAUGGAGCUCAGAGGAUAUGGGAUAAAAAUGAGAAAAAUUUUAUCGAGAUUAAUUAAUCUAAUUAAUUCCACGAUGAAUUGAAACUAUAUGCAAAAAUUCUGCUUUUCUAAUUAUGCAAUUCGACUGCUCGUAUCACUGUUAAUGUAUAUUAAUCAAUUAUUAUUUAUUUUAACCGAAUAAAUAUAUAUAUAUUUCGAUAAAUUUCGUCAUAAUUCUCAAAUAAACUAAACUGAAGAUAAACGAGCAUGUUACUCUAUACACAAUCUAAUCUAAAAUAAGUUAUCUUUCUCUUGUUUAAAUAUUUUCUUGUGUGCAUUAAGAUUUUCGAUGUUAGAAAGAAUAAGAAACUAAAUGAAACGAAGAUACGAUGACGUAUAAACGAAAAUAUAAACAUUAUUAAAAAAAUCGAAAAUUUUAAACUGUUUAAAAAAAAAAUACAAAGAUAAAAUCUGUUUAUAUCCUUCCAUAAAUCCAUAAACUUUUAAAAUAUGUCUCUAUACGACACCCACUAAAUUUCAUCUCGAUAGACCGACCGGGAAAGAUAUCUCGCCAUUGAAGAAAAAUAUACCCGGAAUUCUGUUAAAUUCUGCUAAAUUCUGUGCCGAUCACUCUACCACUCUGUUCCAAGACGAUGAUUAAGAUUCUAAUUGAUUCUAAUUGAAAUGUAAAUAUUACAUUGCACACCGUGACAUGUUUCUCCGUUCACCACGGAGUGGUCGAAGGUGUGGCCAACGGAAUGUGACGUGAUUUCGAUUAAUUGUGAUAAUAGAAGACCCGUAAGAUGACUUUCGAAUCGUUUAUCUAUCCAAUUGGAACCGUUCCAAAUAAAUUGUUGCGCGCGAAGAGGAUGUAUAAUUUUGUUAGUUAUGAAUGAUGUUACAUAUAUUUAAUAAUGUAUUAUUGUAAAUAAGUGGUAUUGAAUAAAUAAGCGAGAUAUUUGAGCGGCUGUCUCUGUUCCACGAAUAAACGAGGACAAAACACGAGGAUGAUAAAAGUCGAUGAUCUAAUUUAAAUGCGUUUUAUUAUUACAUUCUUAUUAGUUAGCGUUGAAUCUAUCUUAUCUCGCUGUUGCUCUUCUGCCAUUGGAAAUCUUUAUAAUACAAAAAUUUUUUUCAAAAAAUGAAAGAAGGAAAAAUGCAAGAGUAUGCAAAGAAUAAAAGAUAAAGAGAGUGCAUAGAAAUUCCGAGAAAUGAUAAUAGAUGGCAGCCAAGGUUAGGAAGCAACGAGGGUGAGAAAGUGCGAUUCAAAUUGUUUUCUUGGCAAUUAUUAAAUAAAGAUAUCUUGAGAAA